GUCGAAAUGGCUCACUCCGCUGUUUGGUUCUCCCACCCCCGCAAGUACGGGAAGGGCUCUCGCCAGUGCCGCGUCUGCGCUCACCAGGCUGGUUUGAUCCGCAAGUACAACUUGAACAUCUGCCGUCAGUGCUUCCGCGAAUACUCCAAGGACAUCGGUUUCAUCAAGUACCGUUAAAUUCCUUGCAGGAGGCAACAAUUACACCCAGCUGCAAACGAGGAUCGCCACCGUACUCCAUUCGAUCGACAUGCACAGACGAAACAGUUUAGAUUUGCCGAGAUAGCGAGUUGGAGGGAAAACCAGGAACUCAGUCAAUGUGAAUCUGGAGGAAGGGUUGUCGUUUCUUUUCUGUAGUUGGGACGAUUGUUGCGGAGGAUUGGGAUCGAUGGGCUGUUCUCUUUCAAAUACACAUUUGGAGGGGAAACCUUUUCAUCCGAAAAUUUUCUUUUUUGCUGCGUUACUGCUAUCGAUUUUGGAGGAGCUCAGCUUGAUUGUACGUCAAUAUAGCGUGGAGAGAAGAUGUGACUGAGCGUUCAAAGGCUCUGGCGAAGAGGAGGUCACCUCCGAAGCCAUCAUGUCCAGCAAUGAGGCAUGUGCGCUUGUCAGACUCAACGAUGCAACUUGGAGAAGCUAACAGCAAAAAGAUGAGGUG